CCAGCAUCACUGCUUGCAAAUUGAGAGCACGUCAGUCGCAAUAUCCAGGCUCGAACAGCGCACUCGGUACCCUCUACCUCACCCUCCGGCCAUCACCUCCGACCGCCGUUUCACGUCGAAUUCCUUCCCCGACACGCGAAAUCUUGGCGAAGGACCUGUCAACAACCACACGAUCGGCGGCAAGCGCACAGCGGUGCGAUCAGGUAUAGCUAAGAUAUCAAGGGGAGCUGUGUGAAGGCAAUUGCUGCACAUCAUGGUGGUCGCGACAAUAAAAUGCGUGGUGGUGGGUGACGGUGCAGUGGGCAAGACGUGUCUCCUCAUCAGCUACACAACCAACAAAUUCCCCUCCGAGUACGUGCCGACGGUCUUCGACAACUAUGCAGUGACGGUGAUGAUCGGCGACGAACCCUACACCCUCGGUCUCUUCGACACAGCCGGACAGGAAGACUACGACCGUCUGCGCCCCCUCUCCUACCCCCAGACCGACGUCUUCCUCGUCUGCUUCUCCGUCACCUCGCCAGCCUCCUUUGAGAACGUACGGGAGAAGUGGUUCCCCGAAGUGCACCACCACUGCCCCGGCGUGCCGUGUUUGAUCGUAGGCACGCAGACGGAUCUGAGGGACGACGCGCAGGUGCGGGACAAGCUGGCGAAGCAGAAGAUGCAGCCGGUGAGGAAGGAGGAUGGUGAGAGGAUGGCGAAGGAGCUGGGCGCGGUGAAGUAUGUGGAAUGCUCUGCAUUGACGCAGUUCAAGCUGAAGGACGUGUUUGACGAGGCUAUCGUGGCGGCGCUGGAACCCCCGCAGGUCAAGAAGCCCAAGCGGAAAGGCAGAGGGUGCAUAUUGCUUUAGUCGAGCUGUGCUCGGAGCGGUCGCUUUCUCAGCACCGUCGUGACACAUUCAAGCAUGGGCAAGGGGGAGUCUGGAAGACGGCGUUAUUGGGGCGUCCUGCCUUGUCUGGGAUGGUUCCGUGCAUGCUUUGCAAGUGCUCCUUUCCUUCUGUAGCCGCUGUUCCUAGAUGAAUGGUGCUAACCUGUGACAUUACUUGCUUUCUCCGAG